ACAUGUACCGGAGAUCUAGCUGAUGAGUAACAACAUGAAACGUACUUCACUAGCCGCGGUACUAGGCAGAGCAAUGGAUUGACGAAUGAAUGCGACCAUGUAUGGAUGUACGAGUUUUAUCACGUGUGGCAUUGAAAACAAAAAUGCUUUAUUAUAGAUACAAUUCUACUAUGACAGAGGUUGAUUUCUAACAACUGGUUAACAGCGGUGUCACCCCGAAUUAAUUGUGUCCAAUCAAAACACUGCUUUCCAUUAUGGCGAGCCAAUGGGUGCACAGUUAGGUACACACCCGGAAGUGGAGGAGCUCAGGUGGCGUUACAAGCUCUUGGCGGGGCGUCGGUUGUACCUUGUGUUUGGUGAAAGCAAACGCUGUUUCCAAAUGCUAUUUAGCUGACAAAAUGGCGCAACUACGAACGAGAAACACGAAGGGAAAGAAUGCAACGGAGAUGGCAAAGAAAAUUAAGAGAGGUAAUGCUCUGAGGCAGGGAUCAGCGUGGAGGGGACACCGGGUACUUAUAGCCUCGCUGCUGGUCGCUGUGUCCGUGUGUGGAGUUGCUGUGUGGCUGUACGUGACGUCUCUGGAAAGUGACAUCACAGAAACACUGGUCAGUCAGCGAGAACUGGUCUCUCCUCUGCCCAGACUUUAUACAGUCCAGUGCUCUGAAGACUACGAAAACUACCAACGCUAUCCAGGAUGCACCCCUCAGAGCUGUGGACGCGCAGUCACAGACGGCGUGGUAACGAGGGAGGAGGCCGAGAGUCUCAGGAGGCUGGCUGAGAGAGGCCUAGCACUGGCUGGUUCAGAGGGUGGAGCUUCCAUACUGGACCUGCACUCUGGAGCUCUGUCAAUGGGAAAACAGUUUGUCAACAUCUACAGGUACUUUGGGGAACAGCUACAGGAUGUGUUCACACAAGAGGAUUUCCAGCUUUACAGAGAUGUGCGCGGGCGAAUCCAAGCAGUUAUCGCUGAAACCUUUGAUUUGGACCCAAAUCUGAUCUACCUCACGAAGCCCACCUUCUUCUCCAGAAUCAACGGCACGAUAGCCAAGACUCAACAUGACGAGUACUGGCACCCACACAUAGAUAAGGUAACCUACGGCUCCUUUGACUACACUUCUCUCCUGUACUUGUCCGACUACGGCUCCGACUUCAGUGGAGGAAGAUUUAUCUUCAUGGACCCAACUGGAAACCGGACGGUGGAACCGCGAACAGGACGAGUCUCCUUCUUCUCGUCUGGCUCGGAGAACCUCCACCGCGUGGAGAAGGUGACGUGGGGGACGCGCUACGCCAUCACCGUGUCCUUCACCUGUGACCCUGCGCACGCCAUCGCCGAUCCCGCUCUGCCCUGAGGCACUCGCGGGGGGGGAGGAGGCGAUGACGCUGCUCACUUCCACUGGGCUUGGACAAAAUCCUGCAACACAGAGGGAGGACAGGAAGAAAGGACAAGUGAGGAAAGGAAGAGAGGAAAAAACAAAAGUGACGUUUUAUAUUGAGGUUACAGUCGACAUCUGUAGCUUAACUCCUUUUUAAGCGAUCGACUUGCUGCUCUUAAAGGAUCAUGCCACACAAAAAAAGAAACCACACGUUCACCCUGUCGUCUGACAGAGGUGCUUUCCUGUUUGCCACUGACGCUUGUUCUUUUUAUCCAAUUUUCUACAGCAGUUGGUUUUUUUUUCUUUUUCUUUUUUUUUUAUUGCACCAACUUAAUCGCCGGUAUUUAGGCAUAUUUGGGUUCAAGGCAGGUCUCGCCAAUCCGCUCUUCUUGAUCAUUCAGCGACGGCUCUCGCAGAAAUUGCUUUUUGACUGAAAACAGUCUCCGAGAGGCUGAAGUGGGAUCGUGUUUCUCUCUUGUCUCCAUGUGGUUUUCAUUCUGAGGAAAGUUGUUCAGUGGAGACAUAGAUG